AUGGGAAAUUUGAUCAACCUUCGUCAUCUGGAUAUUGCAAAUGUAGACUUAGAAGAGAUGGCUGUGGGAGUAAAAGAGCUUAAAAAUCUCCAAACAUUGUCAAAUUUUGUUGUGGGCAAAGACAGUAGUGGAGCUGAUAUAGUAGCCUUGAAUGACUUGAAAUUUCUUCGAGGGUCACUCCGGAUUUCCAAGUUGGGAAAUGUGGUUGAUGCUCUGCAAGCGAGGGAGGCCGAGUUAAUAGAUAAGAAGGAACUAGAUGCUUUGUCGCUGGAAUGGGAAUGUGAUGAUACAAGAAAUGAGAUAAAUAGACUCGAUGAAGAUGUUCUUGAGUCGCUGCAGCCUCACAAAAAAAUGGAAAAGUUAUCUAUAAUAGGCUACACUGGGACAAAAUUCCCAUCUUGGGUAGUAGAGUUUUCUUUCCAGAAUUUAGUUUUCCUAAGGCUAGAGGAUUGUAAGAAUUGCAUCUCCUUGGCACAACUUGGGCAGCUACGUUCUCUGAAACACCUUCUUGUUAAUGGGUUGGCUGGUAUGAAAAGGGUUGAUCUUGAGUUUCUUGGGGAUAUCUCUGUUGGAAAUUUACCCAGCCAUGUUUCUUCUUUGCAAAAGCUUGUGAUUCGUGAGUGUCCACAGUUAAUCGUAUCACUCCCGAAGAGAGUCUCUGUUUUGAAAAUUGAAAGGUGCAAAAAGGUGGAUUGUAGGUAUUUGGUUGACCUUAUAUCACUAAGCUCUGUGCGAUUAAGUGGGAUCGAAAACCUUACAUCCCUAAAAGAUCAGUGCAUGGAGCAAUUAAAGAGGACCAAAGAUUUGACAGUUCAGGGGUUUCAUUUUGGCUCUUCUAUCUGGGAUAUUCCGCAAUGGGUGUUUGAUAAAUGUCCCCAACGAACUUCAGCGGUGGCUGCUGGAGAAGAUGGGGAGCUCCUACAGUGGUUGAAUGGCAGUGAACUUGAAUUUUUGGAGUUACGUGGUUGUAUAAAUCUUACAAAACUGCCGAGAGUGAUUCGCAUUGACAAUUGCUAUGAUCUCACUUCUUUACCCGAUGCAAUGAUUUACAAAAGUACAUGUCUUGAAGAGAUGAAAAUUGAAAGCUGUCGUUCUCUGAAGUCCCUUGUAAGAGGCCAGCUACCUCCAACUCUAAAAAGGCUGGUGGUAGAUUCUUGCCCUGAGUUGAGGAGCUUGUCACCGGGUGGAAAUUUACCAGCCAGGCUUCAACACCUCGAGAUUGUUGACUGCUUUGAGUUGAAAUCAAUAGCUGGGAGGUUCGGCAAUAACACAUUCUUGAACGGAGGUUUGGCCACGGCCUGUCUAAAAAAACUCCAAAUGCACAGAUGUGAGAGACUAGAGGCCCUUCCUGGGAACAUUCACAAUCUCCUAUCACUUCAACAAUUAGAGAUAUUUAAUUGUCCAGGCAUCGUAUCCUUUCCAAAACAAGGCUUCCCCACCAACCUAAAAACAUUUCGGAUUUACAGUCCUGUGAUCUGUAAGGUACUGUUUGAAUGGGGCUUGCACAAAUUCGCCUCUCUUACAGAGCUCAAUAUUAAAGGUGGAUAUCCCAGUAUGAUGUCCUUUCCAGAAGAUGAGAUGGGAAUGAUACUGCCUACCUCUCUUGCCAAGCUACACAUUAGAGACUUUCCAAAGCUGGAAUACCUCUCCAUCAAGGGGUUUCAAAACCUCACUUCACUUGAAUAUCUGUCUCUCCAAGCUUGGCCCAGGCUUGCCUCUUUUCCAAGCAAUGGUCUGUCUCCCUCACUUUUGAAACUUUUUAUCAAGGAUUGUCCUCUACUUAAACAAAGAUGCCAAACGGGUAAAGGGCAAGAAUGGCUGAAAAUAGCCUACAUUCCUAGUGUUGGGAUAGAUGAAAGACCUGUCUUUGACCCAGAUGCUACAUAUAUACUUGUUCGUGCUAUAUCGGUGGCUAGUGACAAUGAAAAGGAAGAAACAUUAGUGACUACAAGGAAGGAGACGAUUAACAUAAUUAGCAAGAGACCUUUCGAAGGCAUCAUACUAGAACCUUGGUACAACUGA